AUGAGUUCUGAAGAGAGUGAUUCAGAAUAUCAAGAAUUUGUUAUAAACUUUAAUGAAUUAGUCUAAGAAAUACAAAAAUGUAAUGAUAUUAAAUAAGAGUUUAGAUUGUACUACAAAAUAAAAAGAAAAUAGAACAGCUAGAUUUUUAAAAUAAGCAAAAGCACGAAGAAGUAUAAUUUUUGUACAAUAAAUUAUAGAAGCAAAUCAAAUCACUUUUCGAAUGCCAGAAUAUCCAGAUCAAAAUGUUUCAGAAAUAAUCUCUUAUAAUAAAAAUUAGGCAGAGAAAUUAGUUAAACCUAUGAGACAUUAAACAAAAAAUUUAGAAAAUUCUUAAGUAGAACCCUAUAUUUUUAAUGUUCAUUUGAUACUAAGGUAGAUUCAAUUUUGAUAAUUUAGGGAUCUCAAAUUAAAAUAGUAAAUACUACGAAAUGCAUAGAAAUAGGUAUAUUUGAAUUUGAUUGAAUAUAACAAAUAAAAGUCAAAGAAAUUAAAACCAAGAAAUUGUUGCUUACAUAUGUAAAUAAUAUAUUAUACUAAAUAUUUUUAGUUAUUUAGCUGAAAAAAUAUAUUAAGAUAAAAUGAAAGAGGCAGCAAAAUGUAAGAAAUUCAAUGAAGGCCCUAAAAUUGUUAUUCCAUUAUUCAAGAAUACUGCAUAGACUAGAAAGGGAAGUAUGGAAUGA